AAAUCAACCACUUUUUUGGUAUUUAUAUAUGCACACGAACUCUAGUCAUUUGAGUUCAGAGGCUCAGAAGUACUAGCAAACAUCAGAGGUUCAGAACUUUAGAAAUGGAUGAUGGGAUGUCAGGCUUUUGUCUUAAGCCACGCGGCGGUGGCGGUGGAGGCUGUGGUAAUAAGUGUGGGCGGUGGAAUCCGACGACUGAACAGGUCAGAGUUCUGACUGACCUGUUCAGGUCUGGUCUCAGAACCCCGAGCACUGACCAGAUUCAAAAGAUAUCGUCCCAGCUGAGCUUUUAUGGGAAGAUCGAGAGCAAGAACGUUUUUUACUGGUUUCAGAAUCAUAAAGCUAGGGAGAGGCAGAAGCGUCGCAGAGUUUCAGUUGCUGAUCAUCAACAUCAUGAGAUCCAUUAUCGCGAAGAUCACAAGUUUUCCUCUACUAAAUAUUUUGGAGAGGUAAGCCAAGUGGUGGAGCCUGAAAGAGUGAUUGAGACGUUGGAGUUGUUUCCAUUGAACUCAUUCAAUGAAUGCAAGGAGCUGGCUAACCCCUGCUUCUCGUACAACAUUGGGAUUGGGGCUAACUAUCAAUUCAGGGAUCAUCCUCCUUUGGAUUUGCGUUUAAGCUUCCUAUAAAUUUACUGGCCUUCAAAGCUGAGAAAUUUUCAAUUUCCAUGAAUAUUACUAGUAGUUGUGAACUUGUGGUGAUUCCAAGAGCUAGCUUUGAAGUUUAGCAGGAAAAAGAAAGAAAGAGAGAAAGAAAAGUUUGAGAAAAUUGUUGUAAAAUAUUGCACGUAGCUAGGUCUAGAAAUUGAACAAGUACUG